UGUAUUGUAUUGGAUGGACUGUGGGUCAUUGUAUUAUUGUACAUGUAACCUCGUGUACACCUGUGAUGAUGUAAUCCUAUCUACCUGGACACAGUUAACUGUAGACCUGUACAUGGGUAUCAUGUACCCGUUCACUGACUCUUUAGAACAAUACACAAGUAUACGCGGUACCCAGUAUAUGUGCUUAUAAUUAUACGUGUAAAUGUUUCGAAAGAAAUUCAAUAACUAAACGUUAAGGAGGAUAUAUUGACUAUUUUCUGUCGAUAUGAUUCACUCUUUAACUACAAAUGUAAUCAUUUUUGUAUGAAUUAUUGAUUAGGGGAGUGCACACCGAUGUAAUAGUGUGGAAUGUACCUGGACUAUCAAUUACAAAAUACCUACAGAUACACGUGUACCAGGUAGAUGUCUAGAUAAUAAGGACACAGACAUGAGCUGGGAUUUGAUGACUAAGGUGUGAUAAACUGCACUAUCAUUUGAACUCACAUCCACAUCUUGUGUAACAGUCUGGAGUUGAAACAAUUUAUAGUAUUAGGGAGACUACCUUUCAGCCAUAGCAUACAUCUGCCUGAGUAACUCAGGUAAACUCCUAUAUGAGGUCAGCGACCCGGGGUUACACAUACGGGGAUUUAAAAAUAGACAUGAUCACCGCGUAAUACCGUGCACACACGAAACAAGUUUGAAUGUCGCUGACCUAUAUAUUUUGUACGGGUGGCUGCCUUUGAAAAUGAUUCUUCGAAACUUUCAUGGACCGUGCUGUCUUUUUCCAAUUUCUCUUCUAUCGUGAUUUAGUCCUGGAAAUUUGAAUAAAUAUGAUAUAUUAUUUUUUUCAAAUACUUUCUACUGCAAGCACACGAUGACUAAAAAAUGAUUCUAAAAUAUAAAAAAAAACCAUGCGUUCUUCUGCUUUAAAUGCAAUUUUGAAUGAAUCUGAUUAAAAACUAUUAAGGUCUUAUAAGAAGGAAAAACGAAAGGACUUCAUGAGUUAUCUUCCUUUGGCUCUAAUAGACUAUACACAAUAUGAAAAAAUAGUUCUCGCUAGUUGGCGCCACUUGAUGUUUAUUACCUGUGUCCACCAGGUGUAUCAAUUUUUCCAACAUGGCGAUUUCCAUAGUUAGAGUCAUUACGGAAGUAUGACUAUCAAUGGAGAGCUUUCUAAAUCAAGACAUGUUAGAUAGUUACUAUAUCUGUUGGAUAAUCCGUUAGUUGGACGAAUAACUGUUGUGAUACGUGUGCGGAUUAAUGAUUUUCCUGUCCGAUUACCUGUGCUGUGUUAAUGACCGUCCUGUGCAAUCUGUAGCGUUAUUUUGGUGUUUCGGAUUAUCAGAUUAGAGCAUAUCUCCACUUGUUAUUUGAUUAUCGGGCGUUCCCUUUCGUUUGAAGACAAAUAUGAUGUGACUUCAAAAAUGGCUCUUCAUAUGUACAUGUACAUUUGGAACAAAAAAUACAAUGAACAUUUUCCCUCCCUCGGUUUAAAAAAUAGGUCAACGCAUGCGGUUAUGAAUUUAUUCUUUGUGCCAUAAACUAACAUAUAAAAACAAUAAACACAUAACUGCAUAAAAAUAUGCGCGAAUUGAAGAAGAUUCCCCUGUUCCUAUUUCUGCUGGCCGUCAUAACACCUGAGAACAUGGGUAUAGACAUUCGAGUUGAUUUUGACGGCGGGGACUGUGGGAGAGAGUUCACCGUGUCCCAGUUCGACAUCUUCCACCUGAAGGCCGAUCCCAACCCCGUGACAUCGGGAGGGGCAGCGUCCUGUAUCGUCAAGUUCCGGACCGACUCCUCUUUUAGUGUGUACGUCCAGCAUCUGUCUGUACAGGACUGUACGGCCAAACUGUUCUUCUAUGACAACGACAACACACAGAAAUACCCAGUGCAAACGCUGACCUGCCUGCCUACCACUCCCGCCGGGGGGACCUUCACGACUCGAACCGGUAACCUGAUAGUGCGCCUGGACAAGGGGUCUGGCAGUACUAAGGCCUACAGCUUCAACCUCAUCCUCACUACCAUUGAAGGUCAAGUGCCCAACCAAGUUACCGACACGGCGGGAGGGGGUGUCGGCACGGGUGCCAUUAUUGGCAUCGCGGUGGGCGUGGUGGCCUUCCUCAUCAUCAUCAUCGCUGUCGUCUGCUUCUUCGUCUGUCGGCAGAUGGCACAGCAGAAGGAGGAAAAAAUGCGCCAGCUACAGCCCAGCGUCUUUACUACAGCGUCGUCAAGACAACCAGCCCCACCCAGUACGACCCAUCCAAACACUUCUGGAUCGCAUCUAACCGGUCGACAAGCCAGUAUCCGGCGAAGCCCUCGUACCAAACACUUCAUUUCGCAAGGAUUCGAAAACCGGGCGUUUAGUGAAACGAGCAAUUCUACAGACAUGGUUGAGAGCAAAGUUUCUUACGCCAUAAUGUCAGAUACUACCGUUGGGGGUAAAAGUUCAAUUAGAAUGCAUAAUCUUCAGAGAGGUGAGCUAAAUGGGAGUGUUCGGAGAGAUAGGUCUGCCCCCGACAAAGGUCUCUCCGACGAUGCGCGAUCUAGUGUGAAAUUUGAUCUCCGCUCUGAUUCCAAAAUGGGGAAAAUUAAUGCUCCAAAGUCGGGAAAAGCUAGAAAUGUUCAUAGUACUGCUUCAUUUCCUUCGAAGACAACAUCGGUACAAAGCAGUCAGAACAAAGAAAAUAAACCGCAAACUGUUUCAAAACCUUCAGAAAACACAGUGCCUAAACCAAAGAAGUCAACAACAGAAGGGAAGAACUACUUCCGGGAAUAUGUAAACAAGGGGUAUGACGACGAUUUCAAUCGCUCUGCGAGUUUACGUAAGUCAAAGAAUCGAGAAACAAGUUCCUCUAGUCAUAACUCUUCUAACAGUUAUCGUCAUAUGAAUGAGCGCCAUAGAGACACCCGAGACGUUCCGGACAAAGCAGGCAGAUCUCGGAGCAGAUCAGAAUCUCGUCGGGAGAACGAGAGGUACCGUGAAUCCGAAAGCGAUGAUUAUUACAGGGAACAGCAACGUCGAAGCCAAAGCGUCGACCGGUCUCGUCGUAGAUCUGAAAGCAGGUCCCGGAGACGCGAUGAUUACUACGACGACUGGGAAUCUGAUAGCGAUUAUCAUAGCCGAGACGAAAGGGGUCGUAGCAGGAGUGUGGAGCGUCGAAGUAGUCGUGGUCCAGAUCGUAGACCUAGCAGUAGACAUCGUACUCGUGACGAUUAUCGCAACCACUAUCGCAGUGACUAUUCUUUUAUAAGAGGAAGCCGGCGUAGUGACAACAGAAGCGGCUAUAAAAGUGACAACAGAUACGACACCAGAGGAAGUUAUCGUAGAGACAAACGAGACGGGUAUCGGAGCGAUAAUCGAUAUGAUCACCGCGAGGGAUAUAGGAGCGAUAAUCGACACGAUCAUCGCGAUAGAAUGGGAUCCGUAAGGGACAGGGACAGAAGAACUCGAACUGCAUCACGUGACCGUAGCGACAGUUACCGAUCACGAGCGACUUCCAGUAGUCGAUACGACAGAUAUUAGGAGAAACCGUCCGUAUUUCCCUCACUGCCAUCGAAAGUUUUUACUUAACAAUAUCAUCAUCAAUCAUUCGCUACUGUAGUGCUUGUAAAGUGUAAUUUGUUUAUAUAUCUAUAUGUUCCGACAUCUUUUUGUACACGUCUGUGUAAUAAAUCAUAAGACAAUAUU